AUGUCAUACAAUACAAACGACAACCGCUUCACCCUGACGGACUAUACCUACGAUGGAACAGACGAGCAAAGCAUGCAACAACACGCAGAAAGCAGCUCAGCCGCCAUCGCAAGAUCAGCAUAUAGUGAUUUGGCGCCAGCACUGAAGGAAGGAACCGCAAUGACAUCUGGGGUAUCCCCUAAUCUAUCACCCCCAGCUGCUGCUUAUCGUCCAAGAGCUCAGAGACAACCAACGGAUGGGAUACCUGCUAGUUCUGGUGGAUUAAAGCUGCAUGAUUAUCCCCCUUCCUCGCCGCAUCUCUUCCCGCCCUCUUCCCCUUCUCAGUCCUUCCCCAAUCUUUCACCUGCCCAAUCCUACUCUUCAACGCAGCACCUCAACGCUCCUUCAGAUACACCUCUUUCCGGCGAUUACGAGAUCAGCAUCGUUCGCGAUGAGGAAAGGGAUUUAGAAGGUGAUAGAAGAUCAACAUACAGUGAUAUGAGUGAAAAGCACGCCGGAGGGUUCGACGAGCCAACGACUCCUGCUCCUGGGAUGAAAAGGAUGGACUCAAGCAAGAGCAGAAGUGCAUGGUUCAAAAUGAUUCCCUCCACAUGGUUGACCAGGUGGUUAUCGGCCACUAUACUUCUCGAGACAGUCAUCAACCUGGCUAUUGAGGGUAACAUCCUUUAUCGCUUCAACGAAGAGGUCAAGUCGUCUGAUUCAACCGAUCUGGAAUUGGAGAAUAGAAGGCGGCUCCCUAUAUACCUAAUCAUUUUUGGUCUUGCGCAUCUCUGGCAAAUCGUUCUCACUGUCAUUGCCAUUCGAACGAAAAACACUAUUCAAGUUAUCAGCGUCACUGCCUUCAACUACGCGUUCCUUGGCUAUGCCAUCAUUCAGAUUUACGAAUUGCGCAAGAUCUUAGGGGACAACUUGGCGUCUGAACUCAUUGAUGACGAAGAAGGCGCGACGCUGAUGACUAUCCCGCUCAACGUCUUGACGGCGUUGAUCAUUGCCGUCGUUGGAGUUAGUUGUUUUAUCCUGAGUGGAUUGAGCUUUUACCUGCAAAGAGAGUUUGGAUGGCAAAGAUACCGUUUCUUGGGAGCAGAUCUGAUGAUCAGAGAAUAUUACUUCAAGUUACAAGUCUUCGAGUGUAUAUGCUACUUCUCAGCUUUCUUCUGCGCAGGAUUUGGAAUUCAGUUCAUCUGGCUCGUGCUCAAUCCCGAUGACGUCGAAUAUAUCAUAACCUGGGUCGCUUUCCCUUUACUCCUCGUAUUCUUGGUCAUAGGCAGAUGUGCAGCGAAAUAUGAAAACAGAUACCUAAUGGCCGCAUUCAUGAUCGGUUUGAUAGCAGGAUGUGCAUACUUCAUUUAUAAACUCGCAAGAAUAUGGCAACAAGCAGAUACGACCUACCGAACUCUAGCUAAAUCAUUGACUACCUUUGACGCGCUAAGUUUGGUCAGUCUGAUAGCAUGUGGGAUUUGGGGCGUGUCGGUCUGGUUAAAUUUCGGUAAAGGGUUGAAACAAGCUCUUCUCGCAAGGCCCGGUGCGAUCUCCUCGGUUAUAGGCAUGUGGAGAGCUAAAAGUCGUGAGACUCAGGAAAAGGGUCAAGAGAUGAUAUUAGCUGAAAGAAGGAUAUCUAUUGACUAG